AGAUCGGCAAUAGGCUAGUGAUGUCUAACCGGAGCCAAAAUGGCAGCGCUGUUUUAUUUCCAAACAUCAUCUGUACUCAAACGACUCAUUCAGCCAGGCGUCUAAUCAUUUUUGUAACAUAAUAUUUUGGUUAUUUUCACACGUACGUUCGUUUCGAGGAUGUUUGUUCUGUGCGGUCGCUGAACAAGAGAGCAGCGGGUCCGUAAAUGACAAGACCCGGCCCGUUCAGUCCUGCGCUGUCGACAAUGAGAGCUCUCCUACAAUAGUUGUUGCAAAUGAAAAUGGAGGAUAUGUCUCUGUCGGGCCUGGAUAACACCAAGCUGGAGGCCUUGGCUCAUGACGUUUACUCUGACUUAGUGGAAGAUGCCUGUUUAGGGCUGUGCUUUGAGGUGCACAGGGCAGUCAAACAGGGCUAUUUCUUCCUGGAUGAAACGGACCAAGAAAGUAUGAAGGAUUUUGAAAUAGUGGACCAGCCUGGUGUGGACAUCUUUGGACAGGUGUACAACCAGUGGAAGAAUAAGGAGUGUGUGUGUCCCAACUGCAGCCGAAGCAUUGCGGCCUCUCGCUUCGCUCCUCAUCUGGAGAAGUGUCUCGGCAUGGGCCGCAACAGCAGCCGAAUAGCCAACCGCAGAAUAGCCAGCAGCAACAACACAAGCAAGUCAGAAAGUGAUCAGGAAGACAAUGAUGAUAUCAAUGACAACGACUGGUCCUAUGGUUCAGAAAAGAAAGCCAAGAAGAGAAAGUCAGAGAAGAAUCCAAACUCUCCCAGGAGAUCCAAAUCCCUGAAGCACAAGAAUGGAGAGCUCAGCAGUAAUGUAAAUGCAGACCUAUACAAGUAUAACUACAGCUCCGGCAUCAGUUAUGAGACUUUGGGACCCGAGGAGCUACGCUCCAUACUGACUACGCAAUGUGGGGUGGUAUCGGAGCACACAAAGAAGAUGUGUACUCGGUCCCAGCGGUGUCCCCAGCACACGGACGAACAGAGGAGGGCAGUCAGGGUCUUCCUCCUUGGGCCGUCCGCGUCAACUCUACCUGACUCUGAAACAAUGCUGGAAAACGACGGCUAUGAUGCCCCUGAUGGCCAGCUGAUCAUGUCUCGUCUACAGUGGGACGGCUCCUCUGAUAUCUCACCAUCAGACUCUGCAUCUUCAAAAGCCAGCACCAAUAACUCUGAAUCAAAAAGACCUAAGAAAAAGAAAAAGCCCAGCACACUGACUCUAACUACCGCCGGAGGUGGAGGAGAGCGGGACAAGGGGCAGGAACGAGAGAGAGGAGACCGAGAGAGAGUAGUAGUAGGCGGCGGGAGCGGGAGCGGGAGUGGGAGCUCCCAGAAUGCACUGGGCCUGUCCAGUAGGAAAAAGCGACCAAAACUGCCCGUUCCCCCAGUGAUCUAUGAUGACCUGAACUGAGGAACAUGCAACACAAUCACACACACAUGACUGACUCGAUGAGUCCUUGUGUGGUCUCUGGUUUCCACCACUAUUAAAUGUGU